AUGCGAUUGGAGGCACCGGAGAGCCUGGCAGAGGAGGCGGCUGCGCUGUUGCGACCGUGUGGUGAGGGAAGGCUGACGAUAGCUGAGGCAGUUCCGAUUGCUCAAGAAGGGAUCUCGGCACAACCCCAUCGCCUAAAGUUGGGCCUCACUGCACUGGCCAAGGUUCAGCACAAAGGCAUGCCAGUGGGGCCGAAGGCAUUUGCAUUGCUGCUUGCAGGUUGCGUCCUGGCGGGGGAGGAGUUUCGAUGCGCAGCCAAAGAGAUCUCCAAGGCUUUGCUUCGAGCUGCACAGCAGUGCGGGCUUUGCCUGGGAGUGUUGCUGCAGCCAAGUCUCCUGGACUUCUGCGCGGAGCAUUUGGGAUGUUGCAGGCAGGAACUGAUGUCCUUGCCAGAGGCGAUGUCAGUGCAGCUGGCUGCCAGGGCAGCUUGCCAGGCGGGUUCGAGCCGAGCGCGGCGUCAUGGUUGCGUGCUGAUGAAGGGCCAGAAGGUCCUGAGCGUUGGAUGCAACCGAGACCUUCGCCUUGUCUCUGGCAGGUCAUUUCCAGUUCAUGCGGAAUUGGAUGCGUUGCUCCGCUUGCCGACGCCUGCUAUGGCAGCAGGCUCGCGCUGUGUUGUCGUCGAGCUGGACGACUUUGGCAUCGGCUUCUGCGAUGCACACCCCUGCAAGGGAGGCUGUCGUCAAGCCCUUCAGCGCUUCUUGGUUGAGGAGGUGCUGCACACAACCGGUGCGUAUGAUCGGCCGCAGGAGCUCCAGCCUGUGGCAUCGAACCCGCAUGUGAUCUCGAAUUCCUUGCGAUUCUUGCUGCGCAGCGGCGGCUUGCAGCAUCCCUUGCCCCCGACUCUGACGGAGGCAUGUUACAGUGCCGAGAAGUCUCCGGAGGCAGUCUUGCAGCUGCUGCUCGAUGUCGAGUCAGCCGAAGCAGGUGUCUCUGAACUCUGGGCCCUGCUACACUACUUGCUGCCGGAGCUGUUCACAAGCAUGAUGGACUUCAAGGCCUGGUUUGCGAGUCCAUUCAAGGGCUCAGGCAUCAACGAGUUCGAUGUGCAGCUGAACCCAGAGCAAGAGCAGGAGGUCUGCGCCCGGACGCAGGAGCUGCUGGCUCCUUUCCUACUGCAGAGGCUCAAAUCGGAGGUUCUCGGUCAAAGCCUUCCUCCACGCAAAGAGGUGACGGUCACGGUACCCCUCAGCGCCUGGCAGGAGUCUGCGUACAAGGACUUGGAGAAGAGGACGCUCAAACUCUUAGGGGAGGGUGCGGACGUCACAAACGAGCAGGUCAGCAACGUGUUGAUGCAGCUCCGAAAGAUCGUCUUGCAUCCGUAUCUUUUCCAAAAGAACUACGCAAAAGAUGCGGACUUGUUUCGGACGUCUGGAAAGGUGGAAGCCUUGGAUCGCAUGCUGCCAAAGUUGCUGCGCUUUGAUCACAAGGUGCUUAUCUUCUCGCAAUUCACCAGCGCUUUGGACGUUCUUCAGGACUACCUGGAGUGGAAGAAGAUCGGCUUUGUUCGCAUUGACGGGCAGGUGUCCUACGCCGAGAGGCUUGCUCGGCUGAAGCGCUUCGAGCUCGAGCCUGUGCCCGUGUUCCUGCUGUCAUCGCGCGCCGGAGGCCUUGGGCUGAACCUGCAAGCGGCUGACACGGUCGUGCUCUUCGACCUUGACUGGAACCCACAGAAUGACAAACAGGCAGUUGCGCGGGUCCAUCGUGUUGGUCAGACGCGCGAAGUGCGAGUGGUUCGAUUGCUCUCGCAGUCUCGUGUUGAGAGGCACAUGGCAGAGCGGUGCUCAGCCAAGCUGCAGAUGGAACAAAAGAUCCUUGGAGCUGGUAUGUGGGGGAGCCCAGCAGCAGAUAAGAGAUAG